AUGGAAGGAAAAGACAUCGAGCUUCCAUUUGGUUGGGACCGCAUGAAGUGUUGCUGGAGAUGUUUCACCUUGUUCGACGUCAUGGUGAUGUUGAUAUUGUGGUAUUGGUACAUUGUGAUGGACCCCUUCGAUUGGCAAAUAGAUCAACAAGCAAGUUCUCGAAAGGAACGAACACCAGGCUUAGGCUUAGGCUUAGGCUUAGGCUUAGGCUUAGGCUUAGGCUUAGGCUUAGGCUUAGGCUUAGGCUUAGGCUUAGGCUUAGGCUUAGGCUUAGGCUUAGGCUUAGGCUUAGGCUUAGGCUUAGGCUUAGGCUUAGGCUUAGGCUUAGGCUUAGGCUUAGGCUUAGGCUUAGGCUUAGGCUUAGGCUUAGGCUUAGGCUUAGGCUUAGGCUUAGGCUUAGGCUUAGGCUUAGGCUUAGGCUUAGGCUUAGGCUUAGGCUUAGGCUUAGGCUUAGGCUUAGGCUUAGGCUUAGGCUUAGGCUUAGGCUUAGGCUUAGGCUUAGGCUUAGGCUUAGGCUUAGGCUUAGGCUUAGGCUUAGGCUUAGGCUUAGGCUUAGGCUUAGGCUUAGGCUUAGGCUUAGGCUUAGGCUUAGGCUUAGGCUUAGGCUUAGGCUUAGGCUUAGGCUUAGGCUUAGGCUUAGGCUUAGGCUUAGGCUUAGGCUUAGGCUUAGGCUUAGGCUUAGGCUUAGGCUUAGGCUUAGGCUUAGGCUUAGGCUUAGGCUUAGGCUUAGGCUUAGGCUUAGGCUUAGGCUUAGGCUUAGGCUUAGGCUUAGGCUUAGGCUUAGGCUUAGGCUUAGGCUUAGGCUUAGGCUUAGGCUUAGGCUUAGGCUUAGGCUUAGGCUUAGGCUUAGGCUUAGGCUUAGGCUUAGGCUUAGGCUUAGGCUUAGGCUUAGGCUUAGGCUUAGGCUUAGGCUUAGGCUUAGGCUUAGGCUUAGGCUUAGGCUUAGGCUUAGGCUUAGGCUUAGGCUUAGGCUUAGGCUUAGGCUUAGGCUUAGGCUUAGGCUUAGGCUUAGGCUUAGGCUUAGGCUUAGGCUUAGGCUUAGGCUUAGGCUUAGGCUUAGGCUUAGGCUUAGGCUUAGGCUUAGGCUUAGGCUUAGGCUUAGGCUUAGGCUUAGGCUUUAGGCUUAGGCUUAGGCUUAGGCUUAGGCUUAGGCUUAGGCUUAGGCUUAGGCUUAGGCUUAGGCUUAGGCUUAGGCUUAGGCUUAGGCUUAGCUUAGCUUAG